UUUGUACAAUAUUGAGUAUUAUCUUGCUGACCUAGGCAGGACUCUCCAUAUGUGGCCAUCUGGGCAUGCAGGGCCACCACCCACCCAUCUCUCAGUUUGUCGUACUGUGGUGGCUCAUGUAUUACUAUGAUGCCUGCAGGUGUGUCAACCGUUUUCCAUGUGCUAGCAGGAUCAUCCGUGGCACACAGGUGUUGGCAGAACUUCCACACUAAGACAAGGAAGAAAGGCCUGGUGAUCUACUUCUGAAGAGCAUUCACUGGAAACCCUACGGAUCACAACUCAUUUUCUCUGAACACAUCACCAGGAGGGAUCAAUUGCUGGAGGAUGUCAUGUUUGGCGAAACGGAAGGCCAGAGCGGGCGAAGGAGACGCUCCAUGAGAUGGCUCGGGAGUGUGAGGACGGCACAGGAUGCAGCAACAUUUCAUCCUGUCGCGCAUCGGGUUGCCUUGAGCUGGAGCUGGUGCCACGGCAGCCACCUGUCUUGUCCAUCGGCAUCACUGCCCUUCUUCUGCGCAGGCUCAUCAUGACCUGAGAGCUAUAGACGGCUAACAUCCUGGGGAAACAUGAACCGCAUUCGGAGGCACCUGCGCUUUCCCUGGAACAGGAAUAACUGGAGAUACCUGCUUUUCACCAUCGUCCUACCUUGUGGCAUGCGGAUGAGUGCCCUGUCUCAGGUGACUCACUCAGAGACGUCCUCAUUAGCUCCGCGGAGGAGCUUUUCUCCUUUUACGGUGCUCUGGAGCCGGCAGAGAGAGAGAAGCCUCUUCACAGCUUUGAAUCAUGCUGCGGAAGGUAGCUUUGAACCACCUUCUACGGCCGUGUUCAUCAGGAGCCACGCUGCAGGCGGAACUUCGGUCCAUCCAGUUUGACCUGGAGCAGAAACUCCGGUUGAAUGAAGAUGCCAUUGCCAGACUCCAGACAAACCAGAAAUCGGUGUUGGUGUCGGUCUCAGAAGUGAAGGUGGCGGCCGAGGAGCAGUUUGGGGAGCUGCUAGCAGCCGUGAGGAAGGCACAGGCUGACGUGAUGCUCUUCUUGGAGGAAAAGGAGCAGGCUGCGCUCAGCCAGACCAGCGGCAUCAAGGCCCACCUGGAACACAAGAGUGCAGGAAUCGUGAAGAGUAAGCAGGAGCUGGAGAUGGUGGCCUCCAUCAGCAACACGGUCCUGUUCCUGGAGGAAUUCUGCAAGUUCAAGACCACAGAGGACAGCACGUUCCCGAGUGUCUACAUUCGCCUGAAGGAUAAGCUCUCUGGCAUCCGCAAGGUUAUCACAGACUCCACUGCCCACUUAAUCCAGCUGCUGCAGAACUACAAGGCAACGCUGCGGGAGUUUUCCAGGGAAGAGGAAUAUGACAUCAGAACUCAAGUGUCUACUGUGAUGCGGCACAAAUAUCAGACCUCAAGACCGGAGCCCAGAAACAGAGAAGAGUUCCUCCAGUAUGCCUACAAUAUCACGUUCGACCCGGACACGGCCCACAGAUACCUUCGGCUCCAGGAGGACAAUCGCAAGGUCACUAACACCACCCCCUGGGAGCAUCCCUACCCUGACCAUCCCAGCAGGUUCUUGCACUGGCGGCAGGUGCUGUCACAACAGAGCUUGUACCUGCACAGGUACUAUUUUGAGGUAGAGAUCUCCGGGCCAGGCACGUAUGUCGGCUUGACCUACAAAGGCAUAGACAGGAAGGGGGAAGAGCGUAACAGCUGCAUCUCUGGAAAUAACUUCUCCUGGAGCCUGUAUUGGAAUGGGAAGGAGUUCCGGGCCUGGCACAGUGACAUAGAGACCCCGCUCAAAGCUAGCCCUUUCCGGAGGCUCGGCGUAUACAUUGACUUCCCAGGAAGAACCCUCUCCUUCUAUGGCAUAGAGCCUGGUACCAUGACUCUGGUUCACAAGUUUGACUGCACGUUUUCCGAGCCUGUCUACCCUGCCUUCUGGCUCUCCAAGAAGGAAAACACCAUCCGGAUUGUGGAUCUAGGAGAAGAACCUGAGAAGUUGGUUCCAUCCUCAGCGGAGGCUGCUUCCUAGACUCCAGGAUCCAUCUCUCAGACCUUUGCUAGCCACACAGAUGUGGCAGCAGCUUGCAUUUGACGGGGGGCUUGGGGUUAUUAUUAACCAGAGGGGUAGAUCAGUUGACCAGCAGGGAUAGCUGACUUUCAAAACCACAAGGGUUCAUGCACCAAGACCAGAGCACGUACAUGGGUACAGAUAAGAACUGGAAGCACAGGGAAUACAGGACAGAUAAACUCCU